CCAAAGCGAGGCUGGGGUAGAGAGGCCGACUGAGCAGGAGUCGUCCGCUUGUCGUGGAGGCUGCUAGAGAGCCGGCGAGAGGGUGAGCGGGCGAGCAGGCGAGCGAGCUAGAGCAGGCAGGAGGGAGCGACGCGCGGCGCAGAGUAGCGCCGGGGCUGGGCCGCGGCGGAACCCACAGCCGGAGAGGGGCAGCCUGAGCCGGGUGCCGCGGGGUCCCCACCCCCACUCGGCCGGACAGUGCCCGGUGUUCCCCCGUGCGGGGGGCGGCGGCGGCGGCUGACCGGACCGGACAGGACCGCGGGGGUGUUGCCACCUCCGCCAAGGAGCCGGAGCGGCCGCGGGCUCCUCAGAGCCGGGGCCCGGGGCCCGUGAUAGACGGGCCGAGGAAAGGAGAGAGGCGGCGGCGGCGCAGGCGACGGGGAGGCAGCGGCGACACCAUGUCAUCCCCCAGUCCGGGCAAGAGGCGGAUGGACACGGACGUGGUCAAGCUCAUUGAGAGUAAGCAUGAGGUUACGAUCCUGGGAGGACUCAAUGAAUUUGUAGUGAAGUUUUAUGGACCACAAGGAACACCGUAUGAAGGCGGAGUAUGGAAAGUUAGAGUGGAUCUUCCUGAUAAAUACCCUUUCAAAUCACCAUCUAUAGGAUUCAUGAAUAAAAUUUUCCAUCCCAACAUUGAUGAAGCGUCAGGAACUGUGUGUCUAGAUGUAAUUAAUCAAACUUGGACAGCUCUCUAUGAUCUUACCAAUAUAUUUGAGUCCUUCCUGCCCCAGUUGUUGGCCUAUCCCAACCCCAUAGAUCCUCUCAAUGGUGAUGCUGCAGCCAUGUACCUCCACCGACCAGAAGAAUACAAGCAGAAAAUUAAAGAGUACAUCCAGAAGUACGCGACGGAGGAGGCGCUGAAGGAGCAGGAGGAGGGCACUGGGGACAGCUCGUCGGAGAGUUCCAUGUCUGACUUUUCGGAAGAUGAGGCCCAGGAUAUGGAGUUGUAGUAGAAAAAGCACCUGCUUUUCAGAAAGACUAUUAUUUCCUAACCAUGAGAAGCAGACUAUAAUAUUCAUAUUUAAACAAAGCAAUUUUUUUUAUUACUAAACAAGGUUUUUAUGAAUAAUAGCAUUGAUAUAUAUAUAUUAUAUAUCACCCUUUAGAUCUUGAUUUCCUGGUCAUUUCUCAACCUGAGGUGCAUAGCAUAUUCCCACAUUCCAUUUUGGUAGCAAUAUGCGGUCCGAAUGCAUGCAUCCAUAAGUCCGUUUGGCCAAGUCAGCCUGUGUGCUACUGAACUGUCAAAAGAAAUAGCCGCUCUGAUAGGUAGACAUGAGUAAAAAUAACAGGAAAAAGUUGCUUCUUGUAUUGAUGGUUCCAAAGAAACAAACCAAACCAACCAGCUCUUGGACGUGAAGAUAGUAUAGUGCUUUUUCAAAAUAGACGGGAGGCCCGGGCGGGGAGAGAGGCCUGCCCCUGCCGUGGGAGCCCGUAGAGUGGCCGAUGCCCAGUGGCUCCUUCCCGGGGGUCCUUGGGGGGCCCCGUUUCCGCAGAGUUAACACUUUAAAAUAGGGAGCUAAUUGGAGUAUUGAAACUUACAACGAUUUCUUGACUCUGGAUUUUAAGUACAUUUUUAUAUGUAGAUUCCUGCCCUUCUCGCUACCAGGCCCUGCAGCCACAAGUGUUUUGCUUUGGAGAACCUUUUGGAAGUGUUUCCUGAACCUGUCUUUUUCUUGGGGUAGAGCUUACAGGCCAUCCCUUGCUGGGAGGACAGGACGGAGGAGUGAAGUUGUUUCAUCUCAUCCAACACGUGCAGAACUGCUACCCUGGACUGAGAGCUUUAAAUUUGAGGGUGGUUGUGGGUGUUUCUGUGUUUUUUGUUGUGGUUGGGGCUUUUUUUUUUUUCCUUUGGGGGGUGUGUGUGUGUGUGUGUGUGUGAGUGAGUGUGAGUGUGGGAAUUGUGCUUAGACAAGUUGCAGAUUUAAUCUUCACCUACCAAGAGGUGGCCUCCUCCUUGGCAGCCGCUCAGUGGACCAUUAGACUCGGCGAGAAGACCCGUCUGGUGGCUGGGACUCCUGGGUGCUCUCAUUCACGUUUGGGGUUUGUUUUCCCUCCCGCUGCUGCUCUUGGCAGCUUCCUCGUCAUCAUCUGCUUGUGGGAGUGGGAAAUGGGUAUUUUAGACCCAACACACAGUCUAAAUUUAAAAUGAGUAAUAAUUGGAACAAAAUAAAGGUCCUUGUACCCAGAGUGAGUCUACAUGGGAAAAACCGCUUCUUUCAGAGUGUGACUGGGUUGGAGGAAAGAUUCGGAAAUACGAUGUGGUAGGACAGGUUUCGAAGGAGGAAAAUGUUCUCUCCCAUAUGUGUUAAGAGGAAAUCAGACAGUUGAAAAUGCCUGCUAAUCAAAUGUUUACUCAGCUAACGUACAUCCAGGUUGCCCACAGGGUUUCCUUUAAGUAGGAGUGUUGCCUGCUGAAUUUGGAGAACGUGAGACAGCAAGUCUGUAUCCCUUUUUUGCCACAACCAAUAGGACAAUAGCAGAACUAGCCAAUCCGAAAAAUGUUCUGGAGACAAUUUUGGAGUGUCCCACGGGGAUAAUUUUUCUUUCUGAUGUGUGUUUCUUUAGUUUAGAAGUGCGAUCUAUUCCACAAGAUUUGAGUCGGUGAGGGUUGGAAGAUACCCUAUCUUUUUUUAUCCAAAAAGCACAAUCAAUCUUUUCUUUAAAAAUCUAUAUAAAGUACAACUUGCUUUUAGCAUGAUUAUUUUCCUAAAUAAAAGACAAAGAAUUUACUUAUUUUAUGUUAAUUACGGGCAUGAAGCAAAGGUUUCCUUAAAAAAAAUCUAAAGUGCAGUUAUGUAGGGCUGUGGUUAGUUAACCGUACUGAGUUAUCUAUCUAGCAUCUGUGGCACGUUGGAGGGGUAGUGUUAACUAUUUAACAUGGAAUGGUGUGCUUUAACUCUUUUCUAGCGCAUGGUCUUCUCAUUAUUUUGGGGGAGGGAGGGUCUCUGCUGGCGCUAACCUGCUUACCUGCUGAAUUAGCAGUUUGCUUGUGCUAUAACCGUUUAAAUCGUAGGUGCGACUUAGGGUAGGCUUUAAAGUGCUGGGUGGUGAUAUGAGUUCAAACAAUAAAAAAUUGUAUUUUUUCAAUAUUGUAUAAACAAUAGUGUUCUAAUUACCUUUCAAAAAAAAAUAAUGUCCAGAUAAUAAUCGCUUUUAAUCUUGUCAGAAAAAGAAACAAAAAAUACUAGUAGAGCCAAGUUGCAGGGGGAAGGUAUGUGAGCCACGGCUCCGCUUCCCAACCAGAGCCUCUUUUCUCGGAUAAAAAGACGACAGCUCGCCGCCACUAGAGCUCCCUGGCACUGGGAGCCUCGGUGUUGUGGGAUUCCCAGACGACGUGUUGGGGGAGGUUGUGGGGGCUAAGAAGCAGAUCUGAGUGUAGCAUGGCUGUAGCACAUGUGCGUGUGUCAUCCAAGUCUGUCUGAUGGUGUGGUUAGGCUUCCUCUUAGCACAGGAGGCUCCUGGAAUUGCUACCCAAAUCACGCUGGACCCUCUCAUUCUGUGCAAGUCUAUCCUUUCUGGGCACUCACCUUGGUCCCAUGCAUGCUUCUGGCUCUGUAUGGGGCUUUCCCUCUCCUCUCACAAACUAGUUUUUGAGAAGUCGAACCGAAUCCCUUUCUGUGCUAACUUGUGUCCCUUCCUGUACCUGGGAGAACGAGGCUGGAGGAGGAGACCGUGCUUCUAGGUACAGCGGGAGCUAGGAGGAGGCCUGGCUGUGAAUCAGAGGACUCUGACCCCCAGUAACAGACGAGCUGCAGUAAGGCUCGGGCAGGGGGUGUCACAGCACCAAAAGCUUGUCCAGGUUUCCCAUCAUAAUGCUCAGAAAAGCACCCAGAGCCCCUCAGAAAGGCUGAACGUAACUGCUCUUAAAGGUGGUGGUGGUAGGUCAGAGUUGCUUCUGGCAGUUUCCCUCCCUUUCUUCGCGUACCCAUAGUUCAUUUUGAAGUCUUACCGUGUGGUUUACCAACGCAAGCCCCCCUUUGCCCCUGUUCAAAUGACCGAGCUCAAGCUCGCGCUAAAGCGACACGCCAGGUGGCUGCAGCCGCGGCACAGAACCGCCGCUGUCCUGCGGCCCCCGCGCCGGGGCCGGGUGGGUUGCGUUCAGUGGUGGCCAAGCUAGAUGCCGGCAGUUUGCCCUUGUGUUUUCCAUCUUCUCGCCCUCCUUGAGGUCACUGUGCACUUUCAACCAGCAUUUUAUAUCAGUGAGAUCGUUACCAGAAGUUGCCAUAUCUGUCUCCAGCACCUAACGUCCUUCCAGUUCAGGAGCUGUUCUCAUUGCCAACUGGCUGACCUGGCUCCGGGGAGUGUCGGCCCUUGGAGGAAUUGUUUUCCCCCAAAAUGCUCUCCAAAGCCCUGGUCGGCCUUGGCCUGACACUUGCUUUUUAUUAGGCCGCCUAUUACGAUGGCUGAGAAUCAUGAAAGACAGGUCCUCUGCUAGGCUUCAUGGGUGAAGUUUCUAGACCCUAGCUUUCUGGGAACUGGUGUUUGAUUGCGAAUGGCAUACGGCCCUUCUAUGUUCUAGGGACUCAAUUAGAAAAGUGAAAGCCAUUAACAAAAGUUUGCAAGAGUUUUUUGUUUUUUGUUUUCAUCAACUUCUUAACGGGGUUCAUAGCCGCCUUGACUAAAAUUAAAUCCUUUCUGAUUGGGUGCAAAGACCUGCAUUUCUUUGGACUUCUGAACCCAUGUUCAUAUUUUCUCUGACCACUGAACACCUUGGUGGGUCCGUCACGGAUUGGCAUGGAGGCCCCUCGGGGAGGGGGAGUUAGCGGCCCUCGGCUGGUCAGGUUCUCCACUCAACCUGAGGAAGGGCCAGGACUCCAUUCAGCAAAUACUGUCUUGGCUGUGGGCUUGGGAAGAAAUGGCCAUUAUUUACUGAUUGUAUUUGGUACAUAUUGUGUGAUACUUGAAGAGAUAAAAGGGACUUACCAGCCCUUAACUGAAAUCUAAGCUUUUUAUUGCUUAUUUUUUUCCUUGCCCUAUCUCCUCCCUGCCACCUUUUCCUUGCAUUGUGAUGAUCUAGCGGGCACUUCUCAACAGGACAAAUGCCUCCUCUGACUAUAACCUCUUAAUAGUUGUGUAUAAUGAAAACUGUAAACUUUUUUAAAUAAAAUGUGUAUAUAUACCUUG